CAGCGCACAUAUUUCCAGCAGCGCCCUCCUCGACUGCAUCCCCGCAAUUCCAGCGCGCCGACUUAUCUCCAGCCGUCCCGCUGCGAGAUAUAUUGGACCCUUUCCGGAUUCCUCCCGUCCUGCAGCUGCCUCUCCCCAACGCAGCCACAGCAUCAGCUUCCGUUUCCCAAUCAUCGUCUUCAGCGGGGGAACUUCCUUCUUCGCGCUCACUGGACUCACGGGACACCCGUCAUCUAUAUAGGCCGCCCACGCGCCCACUGGUGAGCCGUCAAUGCCCUCCAGAUUCGCCGCACGCAGCCUGCAAAUGCCGCCACCAACAGGCUCAUCACCACUCUCUCCCAGGGUGGAGUCUCUCGCGAUCCCCUCGCAGGCUCGCCGUCAACCGCCACCGCACGCUAGACAGUCGAGCACCGGUUCGUCGUCGUUGAGGCUGCCGUCGCUGCCACGCUUCCACCCGGCCAACUUCCCUUCGCAGCACUCCAGCUCUGCCAACACGCCCGAGGUAGGCGGUGGUAACAGCCCUCAGCCGCCUCCUUCGCCGCGUGCCCAGCAGAAGCAGUACUCGGAUGCACAGAGGCAGCUCUACAUGUACCAGCGAGAGCUCCUCGCCACCGCUUCGCGGAGCUCUCGAACGGCUCCAGGUCCCAAGCCGACCAGCCCGCGCCUCAUUCCCUUGGGCAGCCCCGGACCGGUCACGCCUCUGGAGCUCGAAGGCCAUGAUGGCUACCUGAUGUCAGGCGUCCACACCGACGAUGCUGCUGCUCAUGUCGACAAACUCAUCCGCGAAGAAGCUCAACGUCGAGGCGACAUAUCACCAUCACGCCCAGCGUCAGUAGGCGGGAGAUGACUAGCCGGCGGACCCCAACCUGGACAGCGACCAGCUCUUCCACGGCCAUCGACUACCUCGUCUGUCAUCCGGCAGCCUUCAAAGUUAUCGAGAUGAAAUUGCAUCAUAGUGCCACACCGAACCGAACUUUCUUUAUCUCGAGUCAGGGCAUUAUCGGCGUCAUAUAUCACAUUACGGCCUCUGCUCCAGAGAGCGUCAUCCAAAAGUAGCAUUCAAAUAUCUCGACAAGUUUAUUUUCCUUUGCCUUGCUCGCAGAGGGCCUUCCGACAAGGUAAAAUUGCAUGACUGGCGGGGUGGUCUCCUUUCUGUUAUAUUCCCCAUUUCCUUAUGUCUUAGCACGAGAUCGACAGUAGUGGGGCUACAGCACUGAGUCAGGAAUUUGGAGAGGAGUUUUUCAAUCACUUUGUU